AUGACGACACGCAAUUGGUCGGCACGUGUCUUUGAGGAUUGCUACAACGUGUUGAAGGUUUAUGAGGAUCUUCCGACCUCGGCUUCCUCUAUCCAACAUGAAUACAUUGCCACCAUCAAGCCAGACUUGAUUGAGUGUUUACGAGUGCCCCCCAAAAAGAGUACCCAGUUCAAACCCGACCAGGAGAUAGUAUUUUCCAACGGCGAGUCCAUCAAGGUCAACCAGCAGUUCAUUGAUUUGGCAUACGAGUUGUCGACCGAUUUGCUAGUCGAUGAGACCGUCGCUGUAGAGGUGCUCUAUUCGGCUAACAGUGGGAGUUCAGCUGCUAAUAAGGGAACUAACUAUAUAGGAAGCGGGAGAUUAGCGUUCUUCAACAGGUUUCAAUACAUCUUGAACAUUCUUAUCUGGCUCUCGGAGAACAACAAGGUGUCGUUGAUUGCCAAUGAUGCAUCAGAGAAAGACAAGUUGUACGACAAUGCUCUUGAGAGCUUCCAAGUUAUCUAUAAGCUACUUCAGAACGCCAAUGAUUUGAUAGACAAACUAAAGGCUACCGUUGGACUGUUUGAUACCGAGUUUGUUGAUGCCAUCACCUUUUUAAGAACUCAGUUGUUCCAGUGCCAUGAAUUAUUGGCUACAUUCUUGUAUUCGUUCGUGGUUCACCAUCCACUUAGCUUAACAAGCUUUAAAAAGUUGAUAACUAUGAUAACGUCCAAUUUAGAGGAUACUGACUUGUUUGUGAUUCAUUUUUUGCCUUCUUUAAUGUACCAAGUAUCUAAUCUUGAAGACAAUACCAUUGAACUGUACUACAAAUACGCAGUGGAAAAGUUGAACAGCAAUAUCUCGGAUUUACUGAACUUGGAGGUAUUCAUCUGGCUUGUUCUAUUGGUCAAUUUCAUUGCAUGGUGUAAGAAGAAUGAAGCAAGACAACAGAAAUAUAACUUUACUAAAGACAUUAGUAAUCAUAUCCAAACUUGCAUUAAUCAUGGAAUCGCUGAAUGGAUCCUAAAUUACACUUCAACAACUUGCAAUCCCGAAACUGAAAAGGAAUUAGAAUGGAACGCGGCUUACGAUUUCAAAUCUUUGUUACAAAAGAAUAUACCCAUUUUACUGCCAAACAAGUUCAAAUGCAAUGCCGAAUUUAUAAGUUCGUCAUUGAACAUUCAAGAGUCAAAUACUUUGGUGAACGAACUACUUGACACUAGCAGAUUUGUUAUCUCUGAAUAUUUCAAUGAAAACAUUCUAAGUUCUCAUUUCCACAGUUUUUUUGACUGUUUCAUAGUGAAUUCUGCCAACGUUCUCACAAGUUUACGGGACAACGAAGAAGAUUUCCUCUUGUCUUCGGUCAACAAGAGCGAUUCUGGUGAUUCUGGUUCUGCCAGCCCCAAGUUAGGAAGCAAAAAGAAAGAAAUAGUAACCAGAUUCUCAGCUUCAAAGGUCAAUUAUUCUUCUGUUGAUUUGGAUGAAAUUGCAAGUAAAGCAGAAUUGGAGAGAAUCUAUAUGCUGAUUGUCUACACCUAUCAAAAUAGACCACUACUUUGUGAGUUGUUCUGGAAGGAUACAGACAACAUUAAUGAUAAAUUUGGGUUUAUUACUUGGGGAUUGAAUAAUAAUACCUCUCCUUUAAUUACCGCAACGUUUUGCUUGUUAUUGGGUUCUUUAGUAGGUAACGAACAAACAACGCUUAAGAUAUGGGAAAUUUUGAUGAACAAUAAUAUUCCAAGUGGGUUAGGUAUGACAAAGAAGAGUGAUUUUUCCAAGAUUUCAGUCAAUUCCAUCUUUGACUCAUUAAUGUAUUAUAUUGAUGCAUUGAAUGACAAUUAUAAGCAAGAUUACAAGAAGCAAGAGAUGAUGUUAACAUCAUUUGAUAGAAAUGAGAAAAGUAAUAAUACCAGCAGCAAUGAUCAAGAUGAUUCAACUACUGAUGUUAUAUUAGUUGAAUUGGCUGAAGAUGGGAUAGUUUUUAUUUCUGGAUUUGUUCUUUUACUUUCAUUCUUGGUGAAAAAUAUAAGAUCUUCUCUGGAAGUUUCCAAGCAAGUGAAGAACACAAUCUUCAAUCGGUUUUUACCUGUAAUUAAAGGGUUUUUGAAGUUUGACAAUAUGGUGAUACAGACAAAUCAUUGGAACGACAGAUUUACUUUGUCUGGUACCAAUGAAAACGGAAGAAAGGAACUUAAAGUUGAUGAAACCAACAGGGUUGUGAUCCUUAAUUUAAUGAUGAAGUUCCUUGGUGAUUUUGUUGCAGAUAAGAACGACUUGACCAUACGAUAUAAAGUGUGGGAUAUUUUAGACCGGUGGUUGUAUCACAGUUUAUCAGAAGAUAAUGAAUCUGGUAGUAACUCACAACUGAACCCUGGCAGCAACAGAUACCUUGAAGAUAGAGGAAUUCCCAGACUCAAUUACCAACAACAGCAACCAUCAUUAUCUUCAGGGCCUUCUUCAAGAAGUAAGUUCAAUGUUAGGAUCAACCAACUGUUCGAAAUGAACAUGACAACCUUCAACACAGUAGUAGCAUUCACAGAGUUGGUGGGCGUGUUACUUGAACCUCGAGACAUUGGUGAUUAUGCCUUUGCACCAUAUGAAUUGUUAUACCCACCUGAACUAGGCUAUGGCUACAGAAGUCAGAUUGGAAUAUGGCCAUAUAUGGAGUUUUUGAUGAUAAAAGUGUUUGGAAGUUCAUCCAAAUUAUCUAGCAAAAAUGACAGACUCAACCUUCAAUCGUUAAUAACUAACAUAGCUGAUAAGGCGUUGAAAGAAAUCGACUGGAAAUUCAUUGACGAUGUGAUGAUUAAUGCAAUUAGACCGCAACUUAAUUUGAACAAUAUUGUGGAGAAUGUUAAUCCUGAAAGUCCUCCAUUAACGUUCAAAUUGUUUACAAAAUUACAUCAUUCGUUGGCCAUUUUAAACUAUUUCUUCAAUGAAAAUACCUACAAGACGUUGUUUUCCAUCUUAGAUAUUGGUUUGGACGAAGUGAGUGUCAACCACCAAAGCUCCACUGUUGUGGAGAAGUCCUUGUCAAUUGUUAAGUCUAUAUUGUAUUUGCAAGACACUUUUAUCAAGGAAUUGGCACCUAUAUUGAAGGAUAAAGAUUCAUUAGGAGAAAUCACACCGGGUUCUGGGUUCAAUACAAGUUUAAGUAUUGUAUUGGCUUCAAGAUCAAAUUCUCCCUUUGAAAAUAUUGCUUACCCUUUAUCACUUGGUACUAAUGGAGUAGCCAACUUCUAUGAGUUGUUUGUGUUUAACUUACAGUCUGUUAUUCACAUUGCACUUUACAUUGGCUCUAGCAAUGACAUGAUCUCCAAGACUUCGUUGUCUGUUUUGAAUAGCUUGAGCUCAUCACCUUACUUUGCCAACAAGCACACGAAUGAUCCUUUGUCUGUCUCAAACAGAUUGCUCACCGCAUUUCAGACGGUGGAUGAAGCUAGACGGAUUCAAUACGGUUUUAUUAAUCAGUUUGUGGAAUCAGAAGGACCUAUUAAGUUUGAUAUUUUAAAUUUUGUCUUGAAUAAUAUCCCAGACAAUGAAAUGGGUAUUGGCCAUUUCCUUCUUGGGUAUCAAAGCAAAGGUGGUCACUUACGGUUUGCAGAAGAUGCUUGUCUAACCGGAGAAAGCACCUUAUUACAUUGUAUUGUUGAUGCACUCUGUCAAAGCUUGGAAAUGAUGCUGAUUGUUGAUUACAAGAAUGAAAAUGCCAACAUUAUUGAUGCUGGAGUAUCUCAAAUGGCCUCGUUGACUGCAGAGGUUAUUGUCAAGCUUUGCAAGAGUUCAGUGUGUGGAAGUCUCACGUUAUCUGUGAUUAGAGUUGCUGAUGAUUUAUUCUUUGAGAAGUUGAUCAAGUUUCAACCUCAAAUCGAUAGCUAUACUGUUUGGCAUAGUCAUUGUUUCAAUGGUGACCUACAGGAAGAUGUUAACAAUGAGUUCAUUGAUAGUGAACUUGACUGUGAGACGUUCUUAUCAUUUAUCAACCAAAGAGACAUGAUACUUCAAUACUUUUCACUUGAGUUGCAGAAUACUACAUCGAUUUCAAGAAGAGAGUACUAUAAACGGUUAUUACUUCAAUCCACAGAAUUGUUUAAUGGGUCCAACAAGGUGUUGAAGUUCUUGGACAUAUUGAACUUUAGGUUCAAGAACUUUGAGAUCUACAAGUACGAGAGUCUUGACUCCAAGUUCAACCUUUCAUACAUUUUGGAGCAAGUCAAGUUAUCCAAGAAAUGUGGCAUAAACUUUGAGUUCUUGGAGAAGCUCUACCGAGUCCGCUGUCAAGGUGAGAGAUUUGUUGAUGACGAACAAAGACAAGCCUUUUCCAAUGAAGUGAUCUAUGAAGGGUUUAAAGUUGCUGACUUUAUGGGGAAAUACAUUGGUUCGAAGGAACUGAAGGAUGCACAAUUACGCUGUUUAAAAUCAUGGUGUCAAUUGAUUGAAGUUCUCAUUUCGAGAGACGAAUUUGAUACCAUAGGCUUCGGAGUUAACAAGAGAGAUUUUGUUGCCGAAGUGUUUGAAGCUAUCUUACCUCGGAUCCAUGAUUUCUUAGAGACAGAUAUUCCAUUCUCCCAAGAAUUGAUAUCAUUAGCUGUAAUGCUCUAUGAUCUAUAUGAUCAUGAAGUAUUGACCCCCAAAUCCGAUGAUGAUGUUUCUGUUGCCAAUCAAAGAUUAAUCCCGUUGUUUAAAACGUGUGUCAGUGGGAUUUUAAACUCCAAUCUGACACCAAGCUUAAGAAGUGACCUUUAUGUUUUGGCCAAUAGAUUUCUCCUCAGAAUUGCAAAAGACAAGACUGUGAAUGAGUUGAUUUACGUGUUCAUCAAGUCCUUAGACAAGAGAUUCCUUGAAGUUGUGUGUAAUGAUUCCAUUUACUCCGAAGACUCUGCCCGAAUCACAUCGAUUUUAUUAUUGGAUUCUUUGGUCAGUUUAGCACGCAACAAAAGCAGCAGCUUUGUUCUAGACCAUAUGAUCAGAAAUAAUGCCCUUUUAUUUCUUCUUGGAUCCAUAAAGAGAACAGACGAACUACUCCAGGCUUGCAAGAAGGAAAAUUCCGGUAUAAGUUUGUCCACAUUGGUAUAUGAAUUGACAGCUUUGAAAGCCACACUUUAUCUUUUCAUUCGUAUAUCUCAAACCAAAAUGGGAGCCUUGCAAUUGAUUCAAGGAGAAUUAUUUACCUAUUUAAAGGAUUCAAGUUUCCUUUCCAUUGAUCCGGAUAUCGGAUUAGAGAUUCAAAUUGAUGUUUCUUCUUCCCUUAAAAACAUCAAUAUCCUGAUGGUAUUAGAUACUCCCACCAGUUUAAAUGAUUUGCAUGGCACUACUAAUGAUACCAUUUCGUUUUAUGAGUUUUUGAUUCCAAUCUUCCAAUUAAUAGUGGCUGUUCUUUUAUCCAUGGGUCCAGCUUAUAAGCCAGGAGUUGUAUUGGCCAAUGAAUUCCUUUCCAAAUGUCAGAAAUUGAUUGUGGGGAUCAUGAAAAGAGAUUAUAUUCUUGAAACUGCACCAGUGGACACCAAAAAGAUUUAUAAGCCUCAAAGUCAAUCCAUUAAAGACCUUAAGAAAUUGGUACAAUUAUUUACAUUGCUUGAUUCAUUGACUAAAGGUGAAGUAAGUCAGGCGUAG